UAUUAUAGUUUAUGAAUAAUUAUAAUCGAAUAAGAGUAAUAACUAAUAAGACAAAUCUUUUAUUUUGUUUCAUUUGACUCAUUUGAGUGACCAGUAUUCAAACUUCAAACCGGGGCACCUGAGUUUUAAUUGAUUUACAUUCAUUUGUUCUUAUUUCUGCCUACUUAUCUGUAGACUGUAGAGUUUUAAGACUUCUCACCAUUAUAAGAUAAAAUAAUUUAUCAAAUAUAAUUUUAAGAACUGUGAUUUGUAUAAAUGCAAUUUUAUAUUAGUGUAUUACAUUUAUUUUUUCCAAAAUUUAAUGAAUGAGAAUAUGAGAUUAUUAUACUUUUCCAAAAGCAUUUAAUAACUACUAGAAUCAAAUAUCAAUAUUUUUGUAUUUAUUUGUAAAAUUGCAUGUAAAAAUAUUCUCUAAUAGUGAAUAAUUAUUUUAUAGUGCAGAAUUAAAUGAUUUUAUAUAGUAGGAACUAUAUUAUUUCAAACUAAUCUUCAUAAUCUAAGUACUUGAAUUGAAAGAAUUCAUUCAUAACACAAAAGUUAAAUAUGUGGGUGUCGACUAAAAAAACUUUUAAUAAUACUCUAAUGCUUUUUCGAUUCUGUCGAGAAAAUGAUUUUUGUAUUUUUAAUUUUACUAACAUGAAACAAUUAUACUCAAAAGUCAUACAUGAAUCUUUAUUUGCUUCAAUAUAUUCGUCGACCAACAAAAUUGAAGUUGAUGUUAAAAAUGUUAUUAAAUUUUUGGAAAAUAUUAAAGAGAUGAAUAAUGUAAAUUAUAAUUUUUACCAAGACAAAUUGAGUAUUAAAGCAGAUUUAAUAAUAACUCUAUCUGAAGGAUUCCCUCCAUUUAAAUUGGAGUUGGAAUUGGAAUUAGAAGAUGAAAAUAUUUUUUAUUCCAAAAUGACUUGCCCAUUAUUGGAAAUAAUAAAACAAUUAAAACAAAAUCAAGAAGAUUUAUUUGAUAUAAUAAAAAAAAAGGAUUUGGAAAUUUCAGAAUACAAAUUAAUAGGAGGCAACAUUUCUCAUGAAAAUAAUAAGACAGAUAUUUUUGAGAAAGAUAAUUUUUUUAUGAAGUCAUUGCAGAAUCAUAAAGACUUAUGUAACAAAAUCCCAUAUUUGUAUGAAAUAUAUUCAUCUAUAAUUGAACAGUAUGAUAUAAGACAUCCUGAUGAUUAUGAAAAAUCAAAUACUACACCAACUAAAGAGGAAAAUCAAGAAAUUCAAAUAAAUACUAAAACAAAUAAUAGUAUAGACCAUAAAGCUACAAAAAGUUCAACUACAAUGGAAAUUACUCAUACAUCAAUUAAUAUUAAAAAGCGGAAAAAAUCUUCAUUGUUAAAAAGUCUUUAAAUCUAUUAUUAUUCUGUAAUAAUAUACACAAUAUUAUAUUUUUUUACUUAAAUCAUUUAUU